UCACUCUCAUUACACCUUCAACUCCAAGACCCUACAGCAUUUACUUGACUUCUUUAACAGAAAGACCUCUACAGCAAACAUAAAUAAUGGAAUAGGCAGAAGUUUUCGAAAACCUAUCAUUGUAUUCUUCUGUCUAGAAACUCGCAGAGGAUGUACUUUACCACUAUCUCAACAUAUUUGAGCUGCUGCUUGAUCAUCGGCUUUGGCCAUCUCCGUGAUUUUUUCCGUCGGAUCCUCGUUUUGCUAUUCACCAACGACAAUCUCCAGGGAUAUGCGCCAAUCUGCUUUGGACACGAGGAUUUCUACAUGAGACGAGGAUAUCAUCGGGUUCAGGACUGUUUUGCCCGUCCAAUAGCGAGUGCACCAGAUGCAUGGUUUGAUAUGGUCGAGAGAGACUGGAACGAUGGGGAAAAAGUGAUAGAUCGAACAACAAAGAGAAGAAGGUGCCUCAAUUUGGGGUCGUACAAUUAUCUUGGAUUUGGUUCAUUCGAUGAAUAUUGCACGCCUCGUGUUAUUGAGUCUUUAAAGAAAUUUUCAGCAAGUACAUGUAGUUCUCGUGUUGAUGCAGGAACUACUAGUGUGCAUGUAGAGCUUGAGGAAUGUGUAGCUAAAUAUGUGGGAAAGCAUUCUGCUAUUGUCUUUGGCAUGGGAUACGCCACAAACUCGUUUAUCAUUCCUGUUUUGAUUGGAAAGGGAGGAUUGAUAAUAAGUGAUUCUUUGAACCAUAGUUCAAUUAUUAAUGGUGCUCGAGGUUCUGGAGCCAAUAUCCGCAUUUUCCAACACAACAAACCUUCUCACUUGGAAAGAAUACUGAGAGAAAUAGCGGAAAGACAAACCAAAACACACAAACCCUGGAAGAAAAUUAUUGUUAUCGUUGAAGGUAUUUACAGCAUGGAAGGGGAGAUUUGCAAGCUUCCCGAGAUUGUGUCGAUAUGCAAGAAGUACAAGGCAUAUGUUUAUUUGGAUGAAGCUCAUAGCAUUGGAGCCAUUGGGAAUACAGGAAGAGGUGUUUGCGAACUUCUUGGAGUUAAUACGGCUGACGUGGACAUAAUGAUGGGAACCUUCAGUAAAUCUUUUGCCUCUUGUGGUGGAUAUAUUGCCGGCUCUAAGGAGCUCAUCCAAUAUUUGAAGCACCAUUGCCCGGGUCAUCUUUACGCAACAUCAAUUUCAACUCCUUCCGCACAACAAAUCAUAUCGGCCAUAAGAGUUAUCCUUGGAGAGGACGGUUCCAACAGAGGGGCACAAAAGCUAGCAAGAAUACGAGAGAACAGCAAUUAUUUUAGGUCUGAGCUACGGAAUAUGGGAUUUAAGGUACUUGGAGACGUUGAUUCUCCAGUCAUGCCAAUAAUGCUUUACCAUCCAGCUAAAAUCCCAGCCUUCUCUAGGGAAUGCUUGCGAGAAAAUGUUGCAAUCGCCGUGGUCGGUUUCCCAGCUACACCUCUAAUGCUAGGAAGGGCUCGUAUUUGCAUAUCCGCAUCUCAUUCAAAACAAGAUCUUAUUAAAGCCUUAGAGGUUAUAAGCAAAGUAGGUGACCUUACAGGAAUCAAAUAUUUUCCUGCAGCUCCAAAGAAGCAAGAAGCGGAGAAAGAUACCAUCAAACUGGUUUAGAAAUUUUAGAAUCGCAAUGUGUUGCUCUAUCUGAUAAUAUUCAUGCACAAAGAACAGGUCCGGUCGAUCUGAUUUCAUAAUAAUGUUAGCAAAAUUGCAGCCUCCACGAAAUUAAUCCAACUGAAUCCUAAGAG